GGCCCGUCGCAUCGCACUGGAUGCGAGCGAGCUCACCAUGGCCGCUCACCGCCGCACUGCUCAUCUGCUUGUAGCGUACCUGUUGGUUGCCACGGCAACCGCCACACCAGAUAUCGGCUAUGGACUACGGCCGAAGGGGAAGAGUUCCUCCGGCAGCUCCAGUAGCUCAAGUGCACAGUCAUCCUCGAGUAGUGGUUCAAUAUCAGGAGGGCUAGGAGGCUUUGGUGGCGGCCCUGACGGAGGAUUUAUCUUUGACGGCAAGGGUCCUGGAGGCUUUGGUGGUAGUGGCGGAGGUACAGGGUCCCAAAGCAGUAGUUCCUCACAGGCUGGUGCAGGAGCUGGAGGUUUUGGAGGUGGUUCUGGAGGUUUGGGAGGAUUUGGGGGUGGUUCUGGAGGACAUGGAGGUGCAGGAGGCUUGGGUGGAUUUGGAGGAGGUUUGGGAGGUUCAGGUGGCUUUGGUGGUGGUGGUGCAGGUGGCCUGGGGGGUUCUGGAGGAUUUGGAGCUGGUGGAAAAGGCACAGGUGGUCUGGGUGGAUCAGGAGGUUUUGGUAGCGGUUCAGCAGGCCUAGGAGGAGCAGGAGGAGGAGGAGGAGGAGGAGGAGGAGGAGGAGGAGCAGGAGGUUUUGGUGGUAAGGGACCAGGUGGCUUUGGUGGAGCUGGUGGACUAGGAGGUGGUUCUGGAGGGUUUGGAGGAGGUAGUGGAGGUAUUGGUGGAGGAGCAGGAGGUUUUGGUGGUAAGGGACCAGGUGGCUUUGGUGGAGGUGGUGGAUUAGGGGGCAGUUCUGGAGGGCUUGGAGGAGGUAGUGGAGGUAUUGGUGGAGGAGCAGGAGGUUUUGGUGGUAAGGGACCAGGCGGUUUUGGUGGAGCUGGUGGACUAGGAGGUGGUUCUGGAGGGAUUGGAGGUGGCAUAGGAGGAGGAGCUGGAAGUAGUAGCAGUUCUAGCAGUAAGAGUGAUGCUGCCAGUGGAGGCAUUGGUGGUGGAGCUGGAGGUCUUGGAAGUGGAAUUGGAGGUCCUGGAGGAAUUGGUGGUGGUGGUGGGGGCCUAGGAGGAUCUGGUGGUUUUGGUGGAUCUGGAGGAUUUGGAGGAGGUAAAGGAGGACUUGGAGGUGGUUCUGGUGGUUUUGGUGGAGCUGGUGGUUUUGGGGGUGCAGGAUCUGGAGGUUUUGGAGGCAGUGGAGGAGCAGGAGGUUUUGGAAGUGGUGGAGGUGCAGGAGGUUUUGGUGGUGGUAAAGGAGGUGUUGGAGGAUUUGGAGGUGGUAGUGCUGGCUCAGGAACUGGAGCAGGUGGGUUUGGAGGUUCUGGUGGCACUGGAGGAUUUGGUGGUGGAAGUGGUGGCUUUGGGGGUGGUAAGGGAGGUGCCGGUAGCUAUGGAGGUGGUGGAUCCAGUGGCUUUGGUGGUGUUGGAGGGUCUGGAGGCCUUGGAGGUGUGUCUGGCGGUUUUGGAGGUGGAAAAGGAGGAUCAGGUGGUUUUGGAGGGGCAGGAGCGAGUGCAGGUGCAGGGAGUGAAGCAGGCGGAUUUGGGGGUGCUGGAGGGCUUGGUGGAGGAUCAGGAGGCUUUGGAGGUACAGGAGGGCUUGGUGGGGCGUCAGGAGGAUUUGGAGGUGCAGGAGGGCUUGGUGGAGGGACAGGGUUUGGAGGUGGUAAAGGAGGGGCUGGUGGAUUUGGGGGAGCUGGUUCAGGGAGUGGAGCAGGUGGUUUUGGGGGCUCUGGAGGUACAGGAGGGUUCAGUGGAGGAACUGGAGGCUUUGGAGGUGGUAAAGGGGGUGCUGGUGGAUUUGGAGGUGCAGGAGGUUUUGGAGGUGGGUCAGGUGGUGCAAGUGGUGGUGCAGGAUCUUUUGGUGGUGCCGGAGGUUUGGGCGGUAGUUCUGGAGGCUUUGGAGCUGGAAAAGGGGCUGCUGGUGGAUUUGGAGGAGCAGGAAGUUAUGGAGGUGGAGCAGGAGGUGUAGGUGGAGGAGCAGGAGGAUUUGGAGGUUCAGGGGGUUUGGGUGGUGGAGCUGGAGGGUUUGGAGGCUCAGGGGGUUUGGGAAGUGGAGCUGGAGGUGGAAAAGGGGGUGCGGGUGGGUUUGGAGGAGCAGGAAGUUAUGGAGGUGGAGCAGGAGGUGUAGGUGGAGGAGUAGGAGGGUUUGGAGGUUCAGGAAGUUUGGGUGGUGGAGCGGGAGGGUUUGGUGGUGGAAAAGGUGGUGCUGGUGGAUUUGGAGGUAUAGGAAGCGGAGUUCCUGCCAUUGGAGGUUUUGGAGGAGGUGCUGGUAGUGGAUCCAGUAGCAAAAGUGAUGCCAGCAGUGGCAGCAUAGGAGGUGGAGCAGGUGGUGGAGCUGGUGGACUUGGAGGAGCUGCAGGUCCUGGAGGUUUUGGUGGUGCUGGAGCUGGAGGCUUUGGUCCUGGAGGCCCAGGAUCUAAUGGAGGCCUUGCAGGUACUGGAGGCAUUGGAGGUGGUGGUAUUGGACGCCCUGGGGGAUUCGGCAGCAAAGGACCAGGAGGAUUUGGAGGUACUGGUGGUUUAGGAGGAGGUCCUGGUGGAGCAGGAGGUUUUGGAGGUGGUGCUGGAGGUUUUGGAGGUGGUGCUGGAGGUGCCGGUGGAGCUGGAGGCUUUGGAGGAUUCGGUGGUGAAGGAGUCAGUGGAGGUGGAUUUGGAGGUAAACUUUCUGGUGGCGGACCUGGUGGCUUUGGUGGACCACCUGGAGGUUUUGGAGGUUUCUUUGGAGGUGGCUCAGGCUCCAGCAGCAAGAGUAGCUCAAGCAGCAGCAGUGGCAGUUUCGGCACUGGAGGCUCUGGUUCUGACUCUUCCAGUAACACCAUUUCAGGAAACUUUGGAACUCCAGGAUUCGGUGGCAGCGGCAGCGGCAGCGGCAGCUUCUCCAGCUCUAGCAGCAGCAGUUCCAGCUUCAGCGGCAGCGGCGGUCACUCCAAAGGGCCCAAGGCGUACGGCCGCUGAGCAACCGCCGUGACUGGGCCCGCCUUUCAGCUGGGCCUGGUUUUUCGACCCGUUUCAUCAGUCACAUCACCAGGAAUUGUGGUUUUCCGUCCAUGUGUCAAAAAGACAUAUUCAUCGAUUUUAUGUGAUACCAUGUGAUAUUAAAGACAACAGUACUGAUGUGUCAUUAUCUCUUCAUAUUACGCGAAAUAAAUUUUUCAUACUA